UUCCACUCUUCAACUCUCAGUUACAGACACGCAAAAGAAAGAAAGUAGACGCAGGGAGAGGGAGAGGGAGAGGGAGGGGAGAAGCAUGACAAUGGCGUCUUGGAAUGUAGGUGCGUAUCAGAAGCAGACACCAGCACUUGAUGUAACAUGCAGGAAGAAAGAAAGAGACAGAGAUCAUUCCUACCCUUAUAAAGUCAUUGAAAUUACACCUCCUCCAAAGAAUCUUGGUAUCCGUUGCUUUCCCCCUAACCUGCAAUGUGGAGAAAGCGUGACAAUUGAAGGGCAAGCAUAUACCAUUUCAUCUGUAACUCAUCGAUACCAGCUUCGAAGGGGGAAGUAUGAACCUAGCGAGAAGAGACUUGAUGUUUUGUCGACAGGGAGAUACAUCUUGAACUUAUAUUUAGAGAACUUGCUAGAACAAUCUUGAUAGUUUAUGUUGUUAAUUUCACAAUCAUUUGUCUCCUCAAAAUUCAUGAGCUUUACAGGAGAAUGAAUCUCCUGCUGUGUUACUAUAAUUACUGGAUUUAAAGAGUCCAGUCGUCAGCAUCAUGGUUAAAGUUUUGAAGUUUCUGUA